AUGAUUAGUGAAAUAGGUGGCAUUCAAAAUCUCAAAGAUCAAAAUCCCGAAGGAAAAUCUAGAAGUGAUAAAAAAGAUACAACUUGUAAAUGUUGUGGUAAAGUGUGUGCAAAUCCAAAUAAACUUUGA